UCGUUCCCCGCCCCCACCGCCCGCUCCUGUGGGGAGCAGAAGGCGAACCCUAUAAAGGGGGCCGGGGACUCGGCAGCCUCCUGCUGCCACGAGGUCAGAAGACGAGCUGGUAGAGGAAAGGCGGCCUCUGCUCCUUAUCAUGUAACCUCAAAAAGGAAACUGAUCAUCUUUUCUCAUGCUCUCACGUACUUCGUUUAUUAUCGCUGAUUACAGAGCUGGAAACAUUUGAUUCGCUUUUACGUAUUUGUAUGACUUGACUCUUCAAACACAAAGGUUAAUAGGAAGAUCACGAGGACCCAGGCUGAACUUCACCUUUUGACUUCCGUGGCCUGAUGCUGAACUCCCAAGGUUGAGCCCCAUAUGGGGGUUGGCAGGCAGCAGAGAGGACCCUUUCAAGGUGUUCGUGUGAAGAACUCGGUGAAGGAGCUCCUGCUACACAUCCGAAGUCAUAAACAGAAGACUUCUGGCCAAGCUGAUGAUUUUAAGACACAGAGUGUGAACAUUGAACAAUUCACAGAAUUGAAGAACACAGUAUCAUAUAGUGGGAAAAGGAAAGGACCUGAUUUUCUGUCUGAUGGACCAGCCUGCAAAAAGUCAGCUCUGUUUUUGACACCACCUCAAACACCAACACCUGGUGAGAGCAUGGAAGAUGUUCAUCACAAUGAAUCCAAACCAGACAGCAGUGCUGAUCUGCUUCAGAACAUUAUAAACAUUAAAAAUGAAUGCAGCCCAGUUUCCCUGAACACAGUUCAAGUUAACUGGAAGAGCCCUGUGGUACCUCAGAGCUCUCCCCAAGAGCAGUGUCAGGACUUCCAUGGAGGGCAGGUCUUCUCUCCACCUCAGAAAUAUCAACCAUUCCAAGUCAGUGGCUCCCCACAAGUGAUGGACCAGGCUUCCCUGUACCAGUAUUCUCCACAGAACCAGAAUGUAGAGCAGCAGCAACAGCAGCAGCAACAGCAGCAGCAACAGCAUUAUACCUACAACCCAGCUCUGGAAUAUAGUCCUUAUUCCAGAACUUCCCAGUCACCCAACUAUGAAUCAAACCUCUUUGAUGGCCAAGAACCACAGUUCUGCUCAAACCGAAGUUUUGUAUCCCUUCUAAGUGGUCAUGGGGAAUCUGAGAAUAUUGCUGUUCCCCUUCAGACUCCCCACAGUGUGCAGCAACCAAGUGAUGCUCACCUGCAGAACUUCAGUGUGAUGCCCAACAGUUCCUGCGAGGCCCUGGGGGCGAUCGAUGCAGGCCCUGCCUCUUUAAACACUUCCCUGCCAUUCCCAAACCUUAUGGGAAACCAGAUGAACACCACACAGUUAGGGAAGUCAUUUUUUCAGUGGCAAGUAGAGCAAGAAGAAAAUAAAUUGGCAAACAUUUCCCAGGAUCAAUUUCUUUCAAAGGAUGCAGAUGGUGAUACGUUCCUCCAUAUUGCUGUUGCUCAAGGGAGAAGAGCACUUUCCUAUGUUCUUGCAAGAAAGAUGAAUGCGCUUCACAUGCUAGAUAUUAAGGAGCACAAUGGACAGAGUGCCUUUCAGGUGGCAGUGGCUGCCAAUCAGCAUCUCAUUGUGCAGGAUCUGGUAAAUCUGGGGGCCCAGGUGAAUACCACCGACUGCUGGGGAAGAACACCUCUGCAUGUCUGUGCUGAGAAGGGCCACUCCCAGGUGCUUCAGGCAAUCCAGAAGGGAGCAGUGAGGAGCAAUCAGUUUGUGGAUCUUGAGGCAACUAACUAUGAUGGCCUGACUCCCCUCCAUUGUGCUGUCCUGGCCCACAAUGCUGUAGUACAUGAGCUCCAGAGAAAUCAACAGCCUCAUUCACCCGAAGUUCAGGAGCUUUUACUGAAGAAUAAGAGUCUAGUUGACACCAUCAAGUGUCUGAUUCAAAUGGGAGCAGCAGUGGAAGCAAAGGACCGUAAAAGUGGCCGCACAGCACUGCAUUUGGCAGCCGAAGAAGCAAAUCUGGAACUCAUUCGCCUCUUUUUGGAGUUGCCUGGUUGCCUGUCUUUUGUGAAUACAAAGGCUUAUAAUGGAAACACUGCGCUCCAUGUUGCUGCCAGCCUACAGUAUCGGGUGACACAGUUGGAUGCUGUCCGCCUGUUGAUGAGGAAGGGAGCCGACCCAAGUACCCGGAACUUGGAGAAUGAACAGCCAGUGCAUUUGGUUCCUGAUGGCCCUGUGGGAGAACAGAUUCGACGUAUCCUGAAGGGGAAGUCUGUUCAGCAGAGAGCGCCACCAUAUUAGCUCCACUGACCUGGAGCCUGGUCAGCAACACUCACUGUCAGUUAGGCAGUCCUAAUGUAUCUGUACAUAGACCAUUUGCCCUGUAUCGGCAAAUGUAAGUUGUUUCUAUGAAACAAACAUAUUUAGUUCACUAUUAUAUAGUGGGUUAUAUUAACACAAAGAAGAAAAAUGUCUAAUUUCUCUUGGCAGAUUUACAUAUUUCAUACCCAGGUAUCUGGGAUCUAGACAUCUGAAUUUGAUCUGAAUGGUAAAAUUGCCUUCAAUUAACAGUAGUUUUUGGGUAGAAGAAAACUGGUUUGUGGCAUAAGGCAUCACUUAUGUAGCCAUUACUGGUUCCAGGCAGGUAAAUUUUAAACAUUUCUUUAAGAAAAAUGAAAGAAUUUGAAAGGGGGGAAAAAUCUGGAUAUAGUGUUGAGGCUUCUUAUAGUCUGAUGCACUACCUGUCAUUGUUAUUGGUGUUGGUGUGUCUCUAGUCAUUGGACUAGAUGGAAGGCAUCUAUGGUUAGGAUUUGAUCUUUGCAAACUGUAUAUAACUGUUAUUUUUGUUUUUAGAAAUAUUGUACAUAUUUGACCAGUAACAUGGAUAUUUGAAAUGUUAAUCAAUAAAGUAGAAAUAAAUAAUUGAAUUAAUAAACAAGUGUAUUUACUUUUAAAAAGGAGUGUUGUUCCUAGCUAAAGUCUUUGUAGAUGAAGCAAAUGUGGGGCGGAAAGAGCCAUGUUUAAUUUGUUAAUAUGCUUCUUAUGCAUUGAAAUGAGACACUUUAUUUGUAUAUUAUUGCAUGCUUUUGAAGAGAAGCUCUUGAUGGCUCACCUUCUAGAAUUUAUAAUUUUACAUGAGCUAUUGAAAUUUUUGUUCUUAAUCUUUAUAGAAACAAAAAAAGUCAAUAUAGAAACAUAUCUUCCUCUUUUCUAUUGUCAAAUAAUGAUAAUGUGCCAUGAUGUUUAUAUUAUUCAGAAGAAAACUUUAUUUUUUAGUAAUUUUGAUUCUGUUAACAUUUUGCUUACCUCUGGCAUGCCCUGAGGAACACAUUUGGCUUUAAUUGUUUCCUAAUUCUUUGUGAUAAAUUUGACUCAUUAAAAAAAUCUUAUUUUAAAAAA